AUGGCGGAGCAGCAGCUCGCGGACGCCGUGAAGGACCAGGCCGCCUUUUCCAUGCGACUCCUCCGUGGCCUCGGCCUCCGCGGAGACCAAAAUGUCGCCUUCUCGCCGGUGUCUUUCCACGCCGUCCUCUCCCUCCUCGCGGCUGGUGCCACGGGUGCCAUCCGGGACCAGAUCGUCUCCUUCCUUGGCCCAGCCGGCGCUGAAGCGCCUGCUGCCCUCAUGUCCAGCUUCGGCCAAGCACCCAGGCCCAGCCACGAGGAAGGGAGACGGAGUCCCAAGAUCCGGUGCGCCACGGGGGUGUGGGUCGACUCCUCGCUCCGCCUCAGGCCCGCCUUCGCGGUCAUGGCGACAUCCAGGUUCAACGCGGAGGCGCGAGCCGUCUCCUUUGGGUCCAGCCCCGAACAGGCCAGGUCCGAGAUCAACGAGUGGUUCGAGGGCAGCACAGGCGGCCAGUGGAAGGAGCUCCUUCCUGAGGGUUCCAUCAGCGGCGCCACGAUGGUCGUCCUCGCGAAUGCACUCUACUUCAGAGGCUACUGGUACGACCCCUUCGACCCUACGCUCACGGAGGACGGCGACUUCUAUGUCUCGCCAGGCCACGCCGUUCGCACGCCGUUCAUGGCCGGGAACUACCUGCACGAGUACAUGUGCAUCGCCUGCCACCCCGGCUUCAAAGCCCUGCGAAUGAUCUACGACGGCAGCCAUCACGACCGUCUUCUCUCCAUGUGCAUCUACCUCCCCGACGAUCGGGACGGGCUGCCUGGAUUGGUGCACGCGCUCAGCUCUGACCCUGCCGCACUCCUCGCCGUGCCGACGAAAACGGUGCCCGUUGGCGAGCUGAGGAUCCCCAAGUUCGAGGUGUCGCUGAGGCUUGAGGCCUCGCAGCUCCUCCGCGACCUCGGGCUGGACCUGCCGUUCCGUCUCAAUCCAGCCGGCCAAUCCUUCUCGGAGAUGCUUGAAGAUUCCAAGACGCCGAUGGCUGUGUCGUCCGUCAUCCACCACUGCUCCGUCAGUGUCAACGAGGAAGGUACCGUGGCCACUGCAGCCACCAAUAUGGAAAUUAUUGGAUUUGGCCCACCGCCGGAUGAGGCAAUCGUAGACUUCGUCGCCGAUCACCCGUUCCUCUUUUUCAUCAUCAGGGAGGAGGGGGACAACACCGGCGCAAUUGUUUACGCCGGCCAAGUUGUUAAUCCUCUCUUAGAUUAA